GAGGGCGGGCCCACUUCGUUCUGGCGUCGGCGUCGCUCCGGCGCUGGGACACUAGGCCGGCCUGUGUCCGCGGGUCGCGGAUAAAGUGCUGGUGGCGGAGGGCGCGCGAAGGGCCGCCAGCCGCGCGGCGUUGGCUCUGGCGUCGGCUCUGGCGUCAGGGUCGUUGAGUUGUGACGAAGCCGCGAGUAGCCGUUUCCGCGACAGCAGGUGCGGCAGCUUUUAGACCCGAGCGGGCUCCGCAGCUGCCUGGCGGGUCUCCUCUAGCGCCCGACCCUUCUCUUCGCGGUCCCCACGCCAGCAGCGACCCUGAGCCGACAGCCGGAGCGACAGGCAAUGGCGGCCUCGACGGCCUCGCACCGGCCCAUCAAGGGGAUCUUGAAGAACAAGACCUCUACGACUUCCUCUGUGGUGUCGUCGGCCGAACAGCCCCGCGGGAAUGUCGAGGAAGAGCUAAGUAAAAAAUCCCAGAAGUGGGAUGAAAUGAACAUCCUGGCGACAUACCAUCCAGCAGACAAAGACUAUGGUUUAAUGAAAAUAGAUGAACCAAGCACACCUUACCACAGUAUGAUAGGUGAUGAUGAAGAUGCAUUUAGUGAUUCAGAAGCCACUGAAGCCAUGACCCCAGAUAUCUUAGCUAAGAAAUUAGCUGCUGCUGAAGGCUCGGAGCCAAAGUAUCGGAUUCAGGAACAAGAAAGCAGUGGAGAAGAGGAUAGUGACCUCACACCUGAAGAACGAGAGAAAAGGCGACAAUUUGAAAUGAAAAGGAAGCUUCACUACAAUGAAGGACUGAAUAUUAAAUUAGCUAGACAAUUAAUUUCAAAAGACCUAAAUGAUGAUGAGGAAGAUGAAGAAAUGUUAGAGACUGCAGAUGGAGAAAGCAUGAGUAUGGAAGAAUCAAAUGAAGGAUCUACUACAGGUGACCAACAGCAAAACAAAUCACAAAGUUCAUAGAAGGGAUUUGUUCAACCUUGCAGUUGUCAAAUACAAACCCUGUUAUUAUAAUACACUGCUUCUUGUUCUCCACAAUUCAUGACUUAAGUACCAAAAUGCAUACCUGUUAUGAUAUAUUGCCAAGAAUUAAAUGGUAACCUGAGAGACUGA